AUGCAGCUGCCGCGCACGGUCGUUUUUUUCGUGAUGUACGUCGUCUUGCACCGCCGGCUUUGCUGUCACCACAGUCUGAUGGCCUCAGGUUGGGUGGACCGCGAGGGACUGCCCUUCCAGCUUGCAGCAGCACAGGGCAGAGCCCUGGCUGUGGAGGCAGCUGAUUCCGAUGCUGCCUUGCUCCGUUGCAUUGUUGGUGAUCCUUUUUGUGCUCCUCACCCUGGCAACGGCGUUGCUUCGAAGCGAAUGCCGAAUGCGCUGCAGCUGCCAGUUUGGCAGCCCUGGCUGCGGCUAGGGCCGAGCGCAUGA